CAAGUUCCCCGCGUUGUUGUUGUUGUUGCUGCACCCGCUCAGGCCAGGCUCCCCUUGCUUGCCCCCCGUCUCUUCCCGCAACCAUGAGUGCCGAGGCAGCCCCGCCUGCUGUGCCCGAGACUCUCUUGAAGAAGCGCAAGCGAGAUGAGCAAUGGGCUGCCGCUAAGGCUGCGGAGCUUUCCGCUGCUAAGUCCCGGAACGCUAAGAACAGGACGCUCAUCUUCAAGCGUGCUCAACAAUACCAAGAGGAGUACGAGAAGCAGGAAAAGGAACUGAUCACUCUGAAAAGGGAGGCCAAGCUGAAGGGUGGAUUCUACGUUGAGCCAGAGCCCAAGCUUAUGUUUGUCAUUCGAAUCCGUGGUAUCAACGACAUGCACCCUAAAGUCAGAAAGAUCAUGCAGCUGUUGAGGCUGAGACAGAUCUUCAACGGCGUGUUCAUGAAGGUGAACAAGGCCACCGUAAACAUGUUGCGCAGGGUUGAGCCUUACGUAACCUACGGAUACCCCAAUCUGAAAACUGUCAGGGAGUUGAUUUACAAGCGCGGUUAUGGCAAGCAGGACAAGUGCCGCACCGCCUUGACCGACAACAGUGUCAUUGAGCAGGCACUUGGCAAGUUCGGCAUCAUCUGCAUUGAGGAUCUCAUUCACGAGAUUUACACUGUCGGUCCUCACUUCAAAGAGGCCAACAACUUCUUGUGGCCCUUCAAGCUGAGCGCUCCCCUUGGUGGCCUGACGAAGAAGAGGAAUCACUACGUGGAGCAUGGUGACGCUGGAAACAGAGAAGCCAAGUUGAACAACCUCGUCCGCCAGAUGAAUUAGAGUUAUGGUGUCUCUGAUCAAAACAUUGAGGUUGUUUUUGUAAACAAUGUUCCUAAUCGCAAGGUUUUAAUCUGUCCUUACUGGGCUUCAAGAUUUGAGCGUGAAUGUUAAGUUUUGAAUUCGA